UAUUUAAAUACAUCGACAGUGAUAUCUGUAAUGUAUUUUACACUCAGAUUUCUGUGGCAUGACAAUGAGUCGUCCACGCUAGAGUGAGAGUGCCUUAUUCACGGAAUCUUUACAUCAACUUCAAUACAUGAUGUUCUCAAAUUCGCGUCCUUAGAAACAGGGCUUGUGCAAUCUGUCAGGAAUUAUUAUUACUUAUUCAAACCUUAUUUACUGUUUGUAAUUAAAAGCAAAAUAUGUUAUAAAUAUUUAAUAUUUUUUUUCCAUGUGACAUUUCGAGAAAAUAAGUGAAACUGUCUACUGGGAUUUUAGAUUAUACGUUAAUUAUAUAGGUAAAUACAUUUUUCGGUGAAAAACGCUAAACGAUAUUAUCCUGAGCAGUAUCCAAGAUGGCACCAGGGGCAGAAGAAAAUGGACACCGGAAAAAGGUUAUGAUCCAGGCUGAAUACACAGGUCCAGGACCAGCGAAAUAUUUACUACCAAAUACAGUGGGUACAAAACAAGUUGAUGUCACAAAAAAGGGAGCACCCUCUUUCACGUUUGGAUCAAGAUAUUUUUCCAAUGAAUUCAAACGCAUGGUGGAUAAAAGUUUUAGUCCAGGCCCAGCUUAUAACGUUGAUAGUACAUUUACAUCUAAAGGGAGGGGUGGAGGUCCAAGUUACAGUUUUGGUGGACGUAUCAAAACACCAACACGGUGGGUAAGUCCUGGCCCAGGAGCAUACAGUACAGACAGGAAACCAUUGAGGGAAAUUAAUGCGCCUGCGUAUUCAUUAAGUCCAAGAACAACACAACGAAGAAUCGAUUACACUCCAUCGCCUAAUGCUUACAGCCUUCCAUCAACGAUAGGACCUAAUGUACCGGGACAAAGGGGUGGAUAUGCCUCAUCUAUACAAGGAAAGAGCAGUUAUAUGAAUUUUAAUUCAGAUUUAGCAAAAUCACCCGGUCCAGCAUCUUACUUUCCACACAACCAAAACGGAAAUAAGAAAAAUCCACCGUCGUUCUCUAUAUCGGGACGCGGAAAACCGGAAAAAUACGAUAACUCUGUACCGGGUCCAGGUGCCUAUAGUCCGAAUAUGGUUAAUAUGACAAGUAGUCCUCGGUAUCCUAUUGGUGUUCGUCAUUCACAGUUCCAAAUGCCUGUAAUGCCUUUAGCUAAUGUUAGCGAUUAACAAACGUUGCAAUAGACAUCAUUUUACAUCUUUUACUAUCAGUAUUUUGUUUAAUGUGAUAUUUGUUCGACAUAUAAACUUUUAAUAAAACCGUGAUAAAAACUAUAAUACUUUAUGUAUUACGAAAUUUACUUUUUCUGUCAAUUUUGCUUCAUUUUUUAUGAUCAAAGUGGUAUGAAGCAUUAUUAGAGGAAGGGUUAGGAUUAUUCGAUGUUUAUAUAAUGGAACUGUAUUCAGAAGAAAACUUUAACACUUAUAAUCGUGACAGAUUCUGCUGGAUUUCAAAAUUCAUUAAUUUGCUGAAACUACACCCCUCUCAUGUAUCUAUCAUAACUUAUUGAUUGUCAAUCAAACAGGUUGUACAUUUGAUUCAACAUCUGUAGUACUCGUACAUGAAAAGAGUGGUGUGGUUAUUGGAAAAAGGGGAGAUAAUACCUGACCAAUAAGAACUGUUUUAUCUGUGAUAUUUUAUCUCACUAUAUCAGUUGAAAGUCUUUCUUGUCUUUUUGCUGUUUUAUCAUUAUUUACACACAAUAAAUCUUUAUUUUUGA